CUUUAUUACUCGAGACAGAAAUCGGUAGAAAUGGGAUAUGGUGAAACCAAGCCAGCCCGACAUCAGCACUCAACAAGUCACAACUGCAGUUACUUACGAGUCUUGGACUUGCCCUGAGCUCUCGCUGCCUGCAGCCUCCAACCAAAUAUACAACACUAAGCUUGCGAAUAGCAACUUACUGCCAACAACAACAUGGCAAACACGGACUCGGCCAAAAUCUACGAUCAGGUGCGUGAGCACUACAGCUCGGCAUCACGCAGCACCAGCAUCAAAUACGGCGAGACCGUGGCCAAGUCGUUUGGGUACAGCGCCGAGGAGCUGGCCAGCAUCCCUCAGGACUCCAACCUGGGUCUGAGCUGUGGCAACCCGCUGGCCAUUGCCAGUCUGAAAGAGGGUGAAACCGUCGUCGAUCUCGGCAGCGGUGCCGGCUUCGACGUCUUCCUCGCCGCCACAAAGCUGGGCCCCUCGGGGCGCGCAAUCGGCAUCGACAUCAACGAUGACAUGCUCGCCCGCGCGAACCGAAUCAAAUCCACCACCGCCAACAACGACAACAUAACCUUCAUCAAGGGCAACAUCACCUCGGUGCCCCUUCCCGCCGAGACAGCCGACUGCAUCAUAUCCAACUGUGUCAUCAACCUGGUGCCGCGGGCUGACAAGCCGGCCGUGUUCCGCGAGAUGCACCGCCUGCUCAAGAAGGGCGGGCGUGUCGCCGUGUCGGACAUCCUGGCCAAGAAGGCACUCCCCGAAAAGCUCAGCGCUGAUGUCGCCAUGUAUGUCGGCUGUAUUGCGGGCGCGAGCCAGGUGGAGGAGUACGAGGCGUGGUUGCGCGAGGCGGGGUUUCAGGACGUGGUUAUUGUCGAUACGGGGGCAGAUCUGAAUGUCUAUCUGGAGACAGGGGCAGAUGGAAAGAAGAAAGGGGCUUGUUGCGCCCCGGCUGCUUCGCCUGCCCCUGAUUCUGGUGAGGGCGGCAGAUGCUGUGAUCCGGUUCCUGGCAGCGGAUGCUGUAGCUCAGAGCCUGCUGCCCCUGACGCGGCCGCUUCUGCUGCCUGCUGCGCACCGGCUGAGGCUACUACCCCCGCCGAUGGCUUUGCCAUUCCCGCUGGCGUUGUCCCUGAGAAGACAGAUCUCAAUGAAUUUGUUGGCUCGUACAAGAUCUUUGCAGUCAAGAGUUGAAUCCGAGUUAGGACAGAGAAUACUAGCUAAGUAUGGAGAUAUCAUAGGUGGAUAAGUGGAAAUCUGGGGUAGCAGCCGAGGGCCUUAGUCUCAGAUUUGGGUCGAAGUUCAAGUUCAUUCGUGGGAAGUUGGGAAUCUUUGGUCUGGAUUUCUGCCAAGAGAUAUCACAGGCUACUACACUCGCUUGAAGUGUUGGAGCACGGAAGUAUUCUUCAAAGCAGAGUAAUCAGAUUGUUGAUUUCAAGGCAUGUCUCCUGUCUAUGUACCCAGCCUCCUAGAAACCGGACCGUCACGGUCAAGACGCGGUUAAAAUCUGG